AUCUACCAGCAAUUCUCCCAUGUACCUGUAUCAGGUAACGAAGUCUCAAGCUCCACCUGUUCGUGACCUCCGGUGUUAAAUCGUCAGGGUGUGUCCAAAAACAAACAGAAAGAGGAAGCUGAAGCUGACAGUAUUUCGAACUGUUAUGGUCGUCAAUGUAUUUUUAAAUGUGGCUGUACUCUUGGAUUGGAAGCUGACCUCGUAUGUAAGGUUGAAGAACACGUUUAUGAAGAAGGAAGGUCAAACUUCAAUAAAAAAUAAACUAAAACCUAAAUCUGGAAACUUAUAUGGAAAACAGUGUUGUGGUGCUUUUUUCUGCACAGAGAUGUAAGCAUACAGCUCAUUUGUGAAGAGAGUUGAUAGGUGGAAGAUGGGUAUCUGGCUUUAUGCUCAAUUUCUACACAUUUUUGGGACCGUUGAGUAUGUUAACAUAUUGAAACAUAUAUAAAAAAGCAGUGGAUUGGAAAUACAGUAACAGAACCUGGGAGGUGGAUCUGAAGACAUGGAUGAGUUGGAAACUGUGGAUUGCAAUGGAAACUGGGACUCUAGAAACUCUCAUUCCUGGGGCGAUUUUGAAGGUCCCCCUAGGUGUUCUUUUCCUUCAUCCAACCCUGUAGAUAAUUUCCAUGAGCCUGACUGUUUGAAUAACCCCUUUGGAGAGUGGAGUACUUUUGGGGAAAGUAACGACCUGAACAAUAGUGCUUUCCCACCUUUUACUGGAGAACAGUUAAAAUGGAAAACAUCACCCGUCAAUAUGGAUGCAAGUUCUCUACACAAGGUGCAGGACGUGACCGAUUUCGAGAUGGUUUUUAAGAACAGUUUCCCUUUAGUUGAAGUUGAAGAAAGAACUGAGGAUAUAAGAUCACUACUGGAGCUACUUGAAGACUCUCCGCAGGAAGAGGCUUCCUUUGACCGACAGAUCCCCAGUCGAUUUAGCAGCCCUGUGUCAUUAUGGAGAAGUCUGCAGGAUAAAAACUAUGCUGAGCAUGUAGAACGAGAGUGGAAAGAGUCUCGCAGCCAGAAGAGACUGUUCACUACAAUUGGGAUCGACAUGACCCAACAGACUCUAGAAACUGUAAAGGAGGACUUUUGGGAAAAUGACGAGGAAAUGUCUGACACUGCUACCUUACCGAACCCUGGAACUAAGGACCUGAUUCAAACCAAGCUGUUUGUGCCUCUGUGUUCACGAAAUGCUCGAAGUUUUAUCUACCACAUAUCUCAUCAAUGGUUACAGAUAAACAGUCAACUGAGCAUUCAAAGCAAGAAGAAAAGCUUUUUGUUUUAACUCUUACUGCUAUUUUUAUUUGCACUAUUGUAGAACUAUAGAUAGGUUAUGAAUAAUUGUGUCCUGUUUUAAUUUAAUGUGUGUUUGUGUUGCAACUGAUUGUAAACCUCUCUGUAAUCAUUCUUUACAGAAUUUCUCAAUAUCAGCACAUUUUAGUGAGACGCUCAGAGGUUUAAACCUAUGUAUGUAAGGUGGCACAUUUUAUACUCUUAUAAGAUAAAGAAAGAAGAUAAUUGAGCACCAUCUUACACCUGGAUGAGGAAUAUUUGACUUUUUUUUUUUUUUUUUUUUUUUAUGAAGACCUGUUGAUUGUUGAAGAUGUUUAGAAAUAACUCCAGCUUCCCACAGGGACAAUGAUUAUUCCUGCCAUGCCCAGCAACACACCAUGUUUACCUUCUUCGCUUUUUUUUCGUCCACCAAGACAGUUUUGUCAAAGCGUACAUUUACAAGUCCAAGAAGUUUCUUUAGUUUUAGAUAUGUUUAAGUAUAUGACUCGGUGUUUGUCCUAAGAACUGCUGCUUCCACCCUGUCUUGUGUUUUAUCUGGAAUCCCAGGAUUUGCAUCAGCAUAUCUAACUAAGUGACAUGCAAAUUGAAACCAAUUUAAGAAUUGGCUUAUCAUUGUUACAAAAAGCUUUUGAAGAAAACCUCCAGCACAACUAGGGCAAUAAUUUUGGUGUUUAAAUAUUCAAAUAUUUUAUUAAUUACAUAUUUAGCACAUUAUAUGACAUUACUCUAAACCUGACAUAAAUUUCACUGUAAAUGUUUGUCCUGAAGGAGGCCCACGCACCCAGGACUGACAAAUCUUUUCUUGAUUUUUUUGGAAUACUAAUGAGCGUAAAUUCCUGCUCUUCAAAUGUACUUUAUUAUAGUAAGGGUAGAAUUGUUAGCAAAAGAUCAAAACAAAGAAAAUAUGUCUUUUACUGGUAAAUACUGUUAAGCCUUAAGAAAAGCACUGGCUUUGUGAAUACGGGCUACACGCUGUCAGUUAAUGACCAUUUUAAACAGUGCUUCCAAGAGAAUACAAAACGAUAGCUGGUGUUUCUAACGUGGAUGUGAAGAUAAACUGCAUCAUACCUGUAACAAAUUGGUAAAUGUUCUAUCUUGUUGCGCUGUAAGAUCUGUGAAAACAAAAAAUAACUUAACAGCAAUACAACAACAUAGUUUUAUGCAGUUAAAUUAAGCUAUUACCAUAAAUAGUAAGACCUUUUAGCUUUCUUAAAUUUAUAUCAGAUGUUUCUUAGCUGAUCAAUAUAUACCGUUCUUCUUCCAUGCUCUUCAGUUAUCCAAGAAGCACCCUUCCAUCAGUUUUUUUUACUGCUGCCCAUGAAUAUUCUUGCAGCAGGCUGCGGGUGAUGUAAUAUGCUGUCACUUUUUGAAAAGAUCUGGAUUUUUUCCACCCGUUUCUUCUGAGGGGGCCGACAGACAUCUGCCGCUUCUUCCUCUAUGAAUGUACUUCCGAUGCACAUUUUGAACUGCUCUGCUUAAACAGCGUUUGUGUUUGUAUGAUGAAAGGCUCACUCAGGACAAGUAGCUGUUCCAUAAUCGGCACCAUUUCGUUAUUUACAGGGUGUCUUGCUGCAUUUACUGCAUUAUCAUAAUGUCUGAAUAAUAGACGCAGUAAUCGAAAAACCGUCAACAUUAUCUAAUGUUUAAUUAUCAGUUCUCACUGUGGUGCUCUCGGAGGUAUGAUGUAGUAUAAUGUAAUGUAGUGGGUUGGGGGCCUGCUCCCACAGAGGAAAACAACUGAUGAUGUCAAGAACGAGUCAGCCAAUAACAAACAAGGUGCUUACUGAGGUGUUAGGAUUUUAAUUGGCUUUGAAUCAUAGCUGGUCCAGUGCAAUUUUCAACUUCCUAAUUCAAACCACAGCUGUGGUUCAAUUGCAGGUAGAGCAGUUUAAAUAUACUGUGACAAGCAAUAUGCAAGGUAUAAUUGUGCGUAGGUUGUUCUUGUGAUACAAGUGGAUUGCUGGAUGGUACACGCUGCACUUUCUGUUUGAGUGUUUUCUAAAUAUCCAGUUUAUCUUGACUGUUUGAACUUGCUGUGCCUGGUUCAGGUCAACCCUUUUAAGAAAUGCUCCAAAUGGUUAAAUGUAGAUCACAUAACACACCGGUUUUGUAGCUCAGAUAAGACAUCUUUAGAACUGAAGGUGCUUAGUGUUAAAAUUUUGUGUAUUUUAUUGAAAAGAAAGCACAUUGUUAGGUGUCAGUUUGAACAGUAAUACUACUUCUGUGAAAUGAAGGUGAAAUAAUGAUUGA